AUGCUUCAGCACCGGCCACUUUGCGAGGGCAACAACACGGGAGGGUUUGUAUUACUCCAGUUGGGAACACACGGCGCAUUUGAGGUUUUCCUUUUGGUGGUAGUGCCUGUUGUUGGUUUGGUUUGGUUUUUUUCUUUUUCUUUUUUUUUUUUUUUUUUUUUUUUUGGAGGGGGGCUGGGGGGAGAAGAUGUCCGCGCGAUACCGUGUGGAAGUGCCGGAGGCGGGCAGGCAGGCUUCCCUGAACGUGCCCUCAUUUUGAAAGCAAGUGAGGAACAGAAAGAAAACAGGUCGGAAUUGUUGAGGUGGGGGGAGGAGGGAAGAAGGCGGUACUUUGGUAGGGACGAAGUGUGUGACUGGGGCUCUGGGUCAGCCACGGAGCGAUGGCCCCACUGGAAAGAAAGCGCCUCGACACACGUGGCUGUGGGGGUUCCGCGGUGCGGUCUCCCCACGCCGCUGUCUCGCCCGGCGCGGCGGAGCCCCGGGCACGCGUGGGCGCCGCGGGAACCUCGCCCCUUCGCGGAUGGGCAGGUGGCUGGCCCGACGGCUCUGGCCCGGAGGGAAACGCCUGCUCCAGAGCCCACCCGGCCUUCCUCGGGCAGCCUACGGGCUCUUGGGGGCCGGCUCCCCCCCGCCGUCCUCCCUCCUUCCCUCCCUCCCGUGUUUUGUCGUGAGCGGUGCCGGCACGUUCGGCAUCCCCCGGUGCCUGACAGGGCUGGUCGGGAAGAACUGCUGACCUGUCUAAAGAAAUAUAUCUGCGUCUCCCGGAAUGGCAGCACAGAUGGUGCCCGUUCGCACCGCGGCGACUUCUCUCGAUGGCACACACCGAGCGGAGCUGAUGAGUGGUUUGUUUUUAUGGCAGGGAGGUAG